AUGGAUACCUGCUUUGAUGAUGUCUGUCACAGUACAGACGAUAGCUUAGCACAGUUUCAUCGAGGUUGCAGGACGUAUUUCAUGGAUGCAUUUAAGUGGGUCGACGCGCAUCGGGAGAUCUUUCAUGUGGCUACACUUCCGGUCUCAAGUGUUCAUCCUACGGAUCCCGCUAUCCAACGACUCAUACUCAUUGGUCGACUAUCGGGGUUACGUGAAACCCUUGCCCAACUGAAUGCAUCUACAUCGUCCGAUGGACCGUAA